UCUACCGCACCCAAGAAGAACCAUGGAGUGGAAAAUGCUUCCAAUGUAUUUACUGCUACUGAUUUCUUUCUUCUGGAUCCAGCAAGCUGCUUCCCAAGAUUUAUCAAGCUGUGCAGGGAGAUGUGGGGAAGGGUAUUCUAGAGAUGCCACCUGCAACUGUGACUAUAACUGCCAACACUACAUGGAGUGCUGUCCUGACUUCAAGAAAGUCUGCACAGUGGAGCUUUCCUGCAAGGGCCGCUGCUUCGAAUCCUUCGCCCGUGGCCGCGAGUGCGACUGUGAUGACCAGUGCAAGAAGUAUGGCAAGUGCUGCCCAGACUAUGCAGACUUCUGCGAGGAAGCCAAAGACAAGAAAACGCCGGAAAAGAAACCUGCCCCAGAACCAGUGGGAGAAGAAGCUGGGAGUGGGCUGGACAGUGUCCCCCCAACUCCUGGCAAAGUGAUGCCCCCACCUCCCCAGGCCACAGCAGGGACCCCGGAAGAUGCCAAGCCCCCCAUUGCACCUGAUGCUGAGAGGGAGAGGUCCUUGACGGAGACCACGGUUGAAACUGCAGAGAGCUCCUCAGCCAAGAAUCAGACGUCAACUAGCACCAAGAAAACAUCUGCUAAAGAGGCUCGGAGUGCUGAGAAGAACACCCCAGAAGGUUCGACCCCGCCACCGCCAGCCCCCACAGAGCCCGUGCCUGAAGCUGAGACCACAGUCCAACCCCCAGAGCCCACCACCCCAAAACCCAAACCCACUACCCCCAAGCCAGAGCCAACCACACCCAAAGAACCAGAGCCCACCACCCCCAAACCAGAGCCCACCACCCCCAAAGAACCAGAGCCCACAACCCCAAAACCAGAGCCCACCACCCCAAAACCAGAGCCCACCACCCCCAAAGAACCAGAGCCCACUACCCCAAAACCAGAGCCCACCACCCCAAAACCAGAGCCCACCACCCCCAAAGAACCAGAGCCCACAACCCCAAAACCAGAGCCCACCACCCCCAAAGAACCAGAGCCCACCACCCCCAAACCAGAGCCAACCACUCCAAAACCAGAGCCCACCACCCCCAAAGAACCAGAGCCCACAACCCCCAAAGAACCAGAGCCCACAACCCCAAAACCAGAGCCCACCACCCCCAAAGAACCAGAGCCCACCACCCCCAAACCAGAGCCAACCACUCCAAAACCAGAGCCCACCACCCCCAAAGAACCAGAGCCCACCACCCCAAAACCAGAACCUACCACCCCCAAACCAGAGCCAACCACUCCAAAACCAGAGCCUACCACCCCCAAAGAACCAGAGCCCACCACCCCAAAACCAGAGCCCACCACCCCCAAAGAACCAGAGCCCACCACCCCCAAACCAGAGCCCACCACCCCAAAACCAGAACCCACUACCCCCAAAGAAUCAGAGCCCACAACCCCAAAACCAGAGCCAACCACUCCAAAACCAGAGCCUACCACCCCCAAAGAACCAGAGCCCACCACCCCAAAACCAGAGCCCACUACCCCCAAAGAACCAGAGCCCACCACCCCAAAACCAGAACCUACCACGCCCAAACCAGAGCCCACCACCCCAAAACCAGAGCCAACCACUCCAAAACCAGAGCCCACCACCCCCAAAGAACCAGAGCCCACCACUCCAAAACCAGAACCCACUACCCCAAAACCAGAGCCCACCACCCCCAAAGAACCAGAGCCCACCACUCCAAAACCAGAACCCACUACCCCAAAACCAGAGCCCACCACCCCCAAAGAACCAGAGCCCACCACCCCCAAAGCAGAGCCAACCACUCCAAAACCAGAGCCCACCACCCCCAAAGAGCCAGAGCCCACAACCCCCAAAGAACCAGAGCCCACCACCCCUAAAGCUGAACCCACCACCCCAAAAGAGUCAGAACCCACCACACCGAAGCCCAAACCCACUACUCUGAAGCCUGAGCCCACCACCCCCAAAGACCCAGAACCCACCAACCCCAGUCUCAAACCUGAACUCACCACCCUCAAAGAACCAGAACCUACCCCCAAGGGCCCCACUCCAGCUGCCCCUGAAGGGCCCAAUAACCCCCCUGAAGCAACCCCCAAGCUUCCUGCAGGUCCCACUCCUGCAGACUCCACUUCUGCAGACCCUGCGGUGGACCCGAAAAAGCCGGAGGGACCCACAGUCACACCUAAAGACCCAGCUGCCGAGCCGGAGACCACAACGCUCAAGCCCCAGAAGCCAACCAAACCCCCCAAGAAGCGCCCCACAACCAAGAGGCCCAGGGGGAGAAAACCAAAGACCACCAAGGCUCCUGCAGAGACCACGCCCACCACCACCACCACCACCACCAUGGCGACCACCAACCCCACCACCAUGUCCACCACCACAAAUGCCCUGCUUCCCACCAGCACCACUUUGGCCCCCAACUCUCCUGUGAGGAGCACACCCAGGAGUGAGGCCGAGGCCAUGACCGAGAACACACACGUCCUGGUGCCCGGCGGCCCCGUUCUGACACCCAUAGGCGCUGCAGGCAGCGACUUCAUGGGGCGUAACCCUGAGCAGGGCACGGGCGCUGACUCCCUGCUUUCAGAUGGGACAGAUUUAUGCGAUGGUCGCCCUGUGGACGCACUCACCACCCUGCGCAAUGGGACCAUGGUGGCCUUCCGAGGCCAUUAUUUCUGGAUGCUCAGACCCUUUAGCCCACCAUCCCCACCCCGGAGGAUCACAGAAGUUUGGGGUAUUCCCUCUCCUAUUGAUACUGCUUUUACUAGGUGCAACUGUGAGGGGAAAACAUACUUCUUUAAGGAUUCCCAGUACUGGCGGUUCACCAAUGAUGUCAAAGACCCAGGAUACCCCAAACAAAUUGUAAAAGGAUUUGGAGGGCUCAAUGGAAAGAUCGUGGCUGCUCUCUCGGUCGCAAGAUACAAGACCAGGCCUGAAUCGGUGUAUUUCUUUAAGAGAGGUGGUGGCAUCCAGCAGUACACAUACAAACAGGAACCGGUCAGCAAGUGCCCAGGCAGGCAGCCUCCCAUCAAUUACUCGGUGUACGGACAGGCCGCUCAGGUCAGGCGACGGCGCUUUGAGCGGGCCAUUGCUCCUUCUCGCACACACACCAUCAGCAUCCACUUCUCCCCUGCGAGAGUCACUUACCAAGACAAAGGCUUUCUUCACAAAGAAGUAAAAAUGAACACCAUGUGGAGAGGCUUCCCCAGUGUGGUCACUUCGGUCAUAUCCCUUCCCAACUUACGCAGACCCGAUGGCUACGAUUACUACGCCUUCUCCAAGGAUCAAUACUACAACAUCGACCUGCCCAGCAGAACUGCAAGGGCUGUGACCACCCGCUCCGGGCAGACCCUCUCCAAAGUCUGGUACAACUGUCCUUAGACUCUUGGCAAGGAAAAAAGCGACUGAAAUGAAGAAAAAAGGAACAGAAUUUUGACACCAAAAUGUUUUAUUAAUAAAAAAUGUUGAGAUGAGCAAACCAACUUAAAUA